CCCGGUGAACGCCGACCGCACCAGGCGGAAGCUGGGCUCUGGGCCAGGAUCCGAGAGCUCGGACUGGAGAUUUCUGAGAGAGCAGACACCAUCUUAUUCCUGUUGAAUUAUAUGUCAUAACUCAAAAGGCACAUAUCAGCUGUCUGAAGCGACUUCAUUCAAAAGGUACUUAGGGAAGAAGUUCUCUGAGGAGGUGACUUUCAGAUGAGAUCGGAAAAAGAAGGACCCUGCCAAGUGAAGAUCAAGAAAGAGACUCCAGGGACCUAAAGAAGGGUCAAGAAAUUGGAGCAUGGCUAUGAGCAAUGGAAACAGCGAUUUUGUGGUUCUGAGCAAUGGCAGCAUCACAACCAGUGCUACCAACCCUAGUCCCCUCACCCCCUGUGAUGGAGACCUUGCAGCCCAGCAGCUCACACCCAAAGAAGCCGCAAGAACAAAAGUGAGUCCAAAUGGAUGCCUGCAGCUGAAUGGCACAGUUAAAUCAUCCUUUCUGCCUUUAGACAACCAAAGAACGGCUCAGAUGUUACCCCAGUGCUGCCAUCCUUGCCCAUACCAUCACCCUUUGACUAGCCAUAGCAGUCACCAAGAGUGCCAUCCUGAGGCUGGCCCUGCAGCACCCUCUGCUUUGGCCUCGUGUUGCAUGCAGCCACACUCAGAGUAUUCUGCAUCUCUUUGUCCAAACCAUUCACCUGUGUAUCAGACUGCGUGCUGUCUUCAGCCCUCUCCAUCCUUCUGCCUGCAUCAUCCGUGGCCUGACCAUUUUCAGCAUCAGCCUGUUCAACAGCACAUAGCCAACAUAAGACCAUCCAGACCUUUCAAGUUACCAAAAAGUUAUGCAGCCCUGAUCGCCGACUGGCCGGUUGUGGUCCUGGGGAUGUGCACUGUGUUCAUUGUGGUCUGUGCCUUGGUUGGAGUGUUAGUGCCAGAGCUUCCUGACUUCUCCGACCCAUUGCUGGGUUUUGAACCAAGAGGGACUGCAAUAGGCCAGAGACUGGUCACGUGGAAUAACAUGGUGAAAAAUACAGGCUACAAAGCAACAUUAGCAAAUUAUCCUUUCAAAUAUGCAGAUGAACAAGCCAAAAGCCACCGGGAUGAUAGAUGGUCAGAUGAUCAUUAUGAAAGAGAGAAAAGAGAAGUUGACUGGAACUUCCACAAAGACAGCUUUUUCUGCGAUGUUCCAAGUGACCGAUAUUCCAGAGUAGUAUUUACUUCAGCUGGAGGGGAGACAUUAUGGAAUUUACCUGCAAUUAAAUCAAUGUGCAAUGUAGAUAAUUCCAGGAUCAGAUCUCAUCCCCAGUUUGGCGAUCUCUGCCAGAGGACCACCGCUGCUUCCUGUUGUCCCAGCUGGACACUGGGAAACUAUAUUGCCAUUCUGAAUAAUAGAUCAUCCUGCCAGAAGAUCGUUGAGCGAGAUGUUUCUCAUACCUUGAAGCUGCUUCGGACCUGUGCCAAACACUACCAGAAUGGCACCCUGGGGCCAGACUGCUGGGACAUGGCAGCCAGAAGAAAGGAUCAGCUGAAGUGCACCAACGUGCCACGCAAGUGUACCAAGUACAACGCCGUCUACCAGAUCCUCCACUACUUGGUGGACAAAGACUUCAUGACCCCAAAGACAGCUGACUAUGCCGUGCCGGCGUUAAAAUACAGCAUGCUCUUCUCUCCCACAGAGAAAGGGGAGAGCAUGAUGAACAUUUACUUGGACAACUUUGAGAACUGGAAUUCCUCUGACGGCGUGACUACCAUCACCGGGAUUGAAUUUGGUAUCAAACAUAGUUUAUUUCAAGAUUAUCUUCUAAUGGAUACCGUGUAUCCUGCCAUAGCCAUUGUGAUUGUCCUUUUAGUCAUGUGUGUCUAUACCAAGUCCAUGUUUAUCACUCUGAUGACGAUGUUCGCCAUAAUCAGUUCCUUGAUUGUCUCCUAUUUUCUUUAUCGUGUAGUAUUUAACUUUGAGUUUUUUCCUUUCAUGAACCUCACGGCACUCAUUAUUUUGGUCGGAAUUGGAGCAGAUGAUGCUUUUGUCCUGUGUGAUGUUUGGAACUACACAAAAUUUGACAAGCCUCAGGCCGAAACCACGGAAACAGUAAGCAUCACUUUGCAACAUGCCGCCCUCUCCAUGUUCGUGACCAGUUUCACCACUGCUGCUGCCUUCUACGCUAACUACGUGAGCAACAUUACAGCAAUCCGAUGCUUCGGGGUUUAUGCGGGGACAGCUAUACUGGUCAACUAUGUUUUGAUGGUCACCUGGCUCCCAGCAGUUGUUGUACUGCAUGAGCGCUAUCUUCUCAAUAUAUUCAGUUGCUUCAAAAAGCCCCAGCAGCAAAUAUACGAUAACAAAAACUGCUGGACAGUGGCUUGCCAGAAGUGCCACAAAAUACUUUUUGCCAUUUCAGAAGCGUCUCGCAUUUUUUUUGAAAAAGUAUUGCCAUGCAUUGUCAUCAAGUUCCGCUACCUUUGGCUGUUCUGGUUCCUUGCCUUAACUGUAGGUGGGGCCUACAUUGUGUGUAUAAAUCCAAAGAUGAAACUGCCCUCCCUGGAGUUAUCUGAGUUCCAAGUGUUCAGGUCAUCUCACCCGUUUGAACGUUACGAUGCUGAGUACAAAAAGCUUUUCAUGUUUGAACGUGUUCACCAUGGAGAGGAGCUGCACAUGCCCAUCACAGUCAUCUGGGGCGUGUCCCCAGAAGACAACGGCAACCCACUGAAUCCCAAGAGUAAAGGGAAGUUGACACUAGAUAGCAGUUUUAACAUUGCGAGCCCGGCUUCCCAGGCCUGGAUUUUGCACUUUUGUCAAAAACUGAGGAACCAAACGUUCUUUUACCAGACUGAUGAGCAGGACUUUACCAGCUGCUUCAUUGAGACAUUCAAACAGUGGAUGGAAAACCAGGACUGUGAUGAGCCUGCCCUGUACCCAUGCUGCAGCCACUGGAGCUUCCCCUAUAAGCAAGAGAUUUUUGAACUAUGCAUCAAGAGAGCUAUUAUGGAGCUGGAGAGGAGCACAGGGUACCAUCUAGAUAGCAAAACUCCAGGGCCAAGGUUUGAUAUCAACGAUACCAUCCGGGCGGUAGUGCUAGAAUUCCAAAGUACCUACCUCUUCACACUGGCUUAUGAAAAGAUGCAUCAGUUUUAUAAAGAGGUGGACUCGUGGAUUUCCAACGAGCUGAGUUCUGCACCUGAGGGCCUCAGCAACGGCUGGUUUGUGAGCAACCUGGAGUUCUAUGACCUCCAAGAUAGCCUCUCCGAUGGCACCCUCAUUGCUAUGGGGCUCUCCGUGGCUGUCGCCUUCAGCGUGAUGCUGCUGACAACCUGGAACGUCAUCAUAAGCCUGUAUGCCAUCAUUUCAAUAGCCGGAACAAUAUUUGUCACCGUUGGUUCUCUUGUCCUGCUGGGCUGGGAGCUAAAUGUCUUGGAGUCUGUCACGAUUUCGGUCGCAGUUGGCUUGUCCGUGGACUUUGCCGUCCAUUAUGGGGUCGCCUACCGCUUGGCUCCAGAUCCCGACCGAGAAGGCAAGGUGAUCUUCUCUCUGAGUCGCAUGGGCUCUGCGAUGGCCAUGGCCGCUCUGACCACUUUUGUGGCUGGGGCCAUGAUGAUGCCCUCCACAGUUCUCGCAUACACCCAGCUGGGCACCUUCAUGAUGCUCAUCAUGUGUGUCAGUUGGGCUUUUGCCACCUUCUUCUUCCAGUGCAUGUGUCGGUGCCUUGGACCGCAGGGUACCUGUGGUCAGAUUCCUUUACCUAAAAAACUACAGUGCAGUGCCUUUUCCCAUGCCUCGUCUACAAGUCCUGGUGACAAGGGACAAAGCAAAACACACCCAGUGAAUGCUUAUCAUUUAGAUCCCAGGGGCCAAAAAUCUGAACUGGAGCACGAAUUUUAUGAGUUAGAACCUCUGGCAUCCCACAGCCAUCCUGCCUCUGAGAAGGCCACUUAUGAAGAGACCCACAUCUGUUCUGAAUUUUUCAACAGCCAAGCAAAGAAUGUAGGGAUGCCUGUGCACACAGCUCACAACAGCGAGCUCACCAAGAGCAGCAGAAAUGAAGCUAGCUCUGCCUUGCUUCAGCCCUCUCUUGAACAGCAUACCAUGUGCCACUUCUUCUCUCUGAAUCAGAGAUGUAGCUGCCCAAAUGCCUACCAGCAUUUGAAAUACGGCCCACACUCCUGCCAGCAGCUGGGUGACUGCUUGUGCCACCAAUGUGCUCCUACUGCCAGCAGCUUUGUCCAGAUCCAAAAUGGGAUGGCUCCUCUGAAUGCUGCACACCCAGCCACUGAGAGCUUCAUGCAUCCCAUUCCGCACAUCCACCACUGUUCUUGCCUUCAGGGUAGGAUGAAGCCACCUGGAGUACAGAAUUCUCUGCCUCAGAAUUUUUUCCUCCACCCAGUGCAGCACAUUCAAGUCCAAGAAAAAAUUGGUAAGACCAGUGUACACAGUCAUCAGAGCCAAGAAGAGCAUCUUCCAAAGAUGGCAGAGCCAUCAUCAUUUGCCUGCAGAAGCACCGGGUCCUUACUAAAAGCGUGUUGCGAUCCUGAGACUGACCACAGGGAACUCUGUACACAUAGAGACGCUGGAAACGUGGAGGGCAGUGAAGGGACAGAAAGCAAGGUCUCUAGGUCACUGACUCCGAUCAGCAAGGCAGAGCAGAAAGGGGAGCCAAGCCUGGCACAGACUGAUGUAAUCAUGAACUCAGAGCGUUUAAAUCAGAGUGAACCAAAAUUUAUAUUUAACCAUUUCAUGGGGGAGGCUGGCUACAGGUCCUGCCCAAACAAUCCACAAAGUUGUGGCAGAAUUGUGAGAGUGAAGUGCAAUUCUGUGGACUGUCAAAUGCCAAACAUUAAAGCCAAUGUGCCUGCUGUAUUAACACACUCAGAACUUUCUGGUGAAAGUUUGUUGAUAAAAACACUAUAAUAAAUAUAACAUUAAAUUCAGAA